AUUCGCGAACCGCUCGCACUUUCCCGAGGGGAGCGCGGGCGCCAGUUGCCUCCUUUUAAAGUUUGAGGGGCGGUGGCGGCAGCGGCCGGCAGGCGCGGUGGAACACAGGGGCCGCUACGGGAGCCGCGCCGCCGCCCAUGUCAUUCCACUUCAAGUGACUUCAUGUGAUGUCAGCUGAAUGUAAAAGACAGUGAUCUCACGCGGAGGGGAAGAUGUUUGCCAUCAAAAUGUGACAGAGGAGACAGGCUGCAUGGCUCGGACCGCAUCUCCUUGGCGGUGGGGGAACGAGACUUAGAGGAGAGAGGCUGCGCCCUGGCCCAGUCCGGUACGACUCGGCUCGGCGCGCCAUGGCAAGCUCGGCUUCCCUGGAGACCAUGGUGCCCCCGGCCUGCCCGCGCGCUGGAGCGUCGCCGGCCACUUCCAAGACUCUGGCCUUUUCCAUCGAGCGCAUCAUGGCCAAGACGUCGGAGCCCCGCGCGCCCUUUGAGCCCCGGCCGGGGGCACUGGAGGCGGAGGGCGGCCAGGGCAAGAAAUUGCUCAACCUCUGCUCGCCGCUGCCCUGUAUGAUCCCCCUCCAGCCCCUAGGCUACGAGAUGCCGUCCAAGACGCUGCUCAGUUACUCUGAGCUCUGGAAAAGCAGCCUCCGGGCGGGCGGCAGCGGCGGCGGCGGCGGAGGAGGAGGUGGAGGCGGCGGUGGGGGGGCCCCGGUGUGCGGCGCCAGCGGCUUGUGCAAAACCAACUGUGGCGUGUGCUGCAAGGCCGAGCUGGGCCUGGUACCGUCGGCGCUGCCCGCGGGCAGGGUCAUCAAGCCGCAGGUCAUCAACCAGGCGGUGGGGCUUCCGGCCAGCGGCUCGCUCUACUACUUCAACUACCUGGACUCCGCCACGUACCCGCCGUCUGAGCUCCUCGGCGGCCACCUCUUCCCUUCCGGUCUCCUCAACACACAGGCCCCCGCGGCCCUGGCUGCGCACCCCAAACUCUUUUUGCUGGAGAACGCCAAGCUGGCCGGCCUGACCGCGGACAAGUUUGCCCAUCCAGCCCCCUACGCCCAUAAGGAGCGCUUGCCUGCGCCGCUGGAGCAGGUGCUGAAGGAGAACUCGGCCCUGACUGCCGAGCGCGGCGGCGUCAAGGGCCACAGCAAGCUGCCCGGGGGCUCAGCGGACGGCAAGCCUAAAAACUUCACCUGCGAGGUGUGCGGAAAGGUAUUUAACGCUCACUAUAACCUCACCCGCCAUAUGCCAGUCCACACCGGAGCCAGACCGUUCGUGUGCAAAGUCUGUGGCAAAGGCUUCCGCCAGGCCAGCACGCUCUGCAGACACAAAAUUAUCCACACCCAGGAAAAGCCGCAUAAAUGCAACCAGUGCGGCAAAGCCUUCAACCGCAGCUCCACGCUCAACACACACAUUCGCAUCCACGCGGGCUACAAGCCCUUCGUCUGUGAAUUUUGCGGCAAAGGCUUUCACCAAAAAGGGAACUACAAGAAUCACAAGCUGACCCACAGCGGCGAGAAGCAGUACAAAUGUACCAUUUGCAACAAGGCCUUCCACCAGGUCUACAACCUGACCUUCCACAUGCACACCCACAACGACAAGAAGCCUUUCACGUGCGCCACUUGCGGCAAAGGGUUUUGCAGAAACUUUGACUUAAAGAAACACGUGCGCAAACUCCACGACAGCGUGGGCCCCGCCGCCCCCUCCACAAAGGACCUGACUCGGACAGUGCAGAGCUGAGAGCUCCUGCCUCACCCUCCCUUCCAGUCCUAUCCAACCCCCAAACAGAUCACACGUAUAAACUUAUUUCUAAAAUUAAGAGAAAGGAGAGAGAGAGAGAAA